ACUAUGGUAGGGGCUCACGUCCACGUUAGUAAUGACCUUGGUCCUUGGGGGCGUCACCGUAGAUCCUGGCGGUCAACAUCACAGGGGAAAUUAAAGUGAUAAUUAUUAACUAUCCACGAGGCUACAAACAAAAUAACCUCCUGGUCAAUGAUGUCCUAACGAUAAACAAUCAUGUGGGUUAGGAAGUUUUAUCGUUUUCCAUUGUCAAUCGACUGAGUACAUUGUGAGAGCACAUCAAGCGGCAUCCGUUAACUUUCAAAAUCUGCAGUAUAAUACACCGUUGUGAGUGUGUAUUUCAAUAAAUUAGUGAAGUUUUGUUUCAUAAAUUUUGUCAAUAAAAUUCUCCUCAACAAUCACAAGUGACUUGCAGAGCAGACAGGAACAAUCAGAGACACAAGAUGUCGAAUCAAAUCUACUAUUCGGACAAAUACUACGACGAUGAGUACGAGUACAGGCACGUAGUAUUACCAAAAGAUCUUGAGAAAAGAGUGCCAAAGACUCACCUGAUGUCCGAACAAGAGUGGAGAGAACUUGGAGUACAACAGAGCAAAGGAUGGGUUCAUUACAUGACCCACCAGCCAGAGCCUCACAUUCUUCUCUUUAAGAGAAAAAUCACGACACCACCGCCAGAGAAAUGAAGCUGAGAAUGAGAACGAAUCUGAGUAAUUUAAUCCAACGAAUAAUGUAAUUUUUAAGAUUCACAUCUACUGAGGAAGAGCUCAUCAUGUAUACGUUAGAAAGCCCUUACCAAUAUAUGUAUAGAUUAUGAUUAGCAGUAGUUGUAUGAGAUUAUAUUAAUUUGUGAUUAGUAGUAAGCGUCAUUAAUUUUGCUCUCUCUACCGGUAAUUGAUAUAUUCAAUUUCUGUCAUUAUUCACAAGUCAACGAUGGAUUUAAUGUUAUUUAAUUAAUCUAUUUUUGGAGAACACUUCGUGAGCUCUUCCCCUCACUCAGGAUAAUCCGAUUCCAUCGAUAAUUUCGUAGAUUAAGUGUGUACAUAAUUCGGUGAUCGUACAUUGUAAAAAGAAAUGUCUGUAAACGUUCUGAUUGCUUGAAAUAAUCCAAAUGCAACUGUCCAGUUGAUUGGGAAAAUCAGUUGAUGAGAAUUUUUAAAUCCAGGACACAUUCAAUACCAUAUCGGCAUUACAAUUUUUAUAAGAUAGGAGGUAAGAAUACAGAAGAUAAAUUAUUCAACGUUUAUUACAUGAUUAUUCUUGCCAUUCCCAUUCUGUAUUUUAAUCACUCGGGUUCACUGUUUGUGGAUAAAUUAAAUUAGGAUCGAUAAGUGAUUUACACACGUGCCUUGAUAAGAUAGAUAUCGGUCUAAGUCUGCAUUUUAGUGAGAGAAAAUAACAGUCUGUUUAAUUGUUCUACAAAUGCUUGUAAUGUCUUCAUGUUCGACUUUUUUUUAUUGAAAUUGUGGACUUUGUGGUGUACGUGAGAGCGAUGGAAACAGGAACAAAUACCUCAUGAAAAUUUUGUUAACAUUAAUGGACCAACUGAAAAUAAAAUUAUUUUGGUUCUGCA